AUGGAGCAUCCUGACCAGGAAUCCGUCGACCCCAACGAGGUGGGACGGCCCCGCCCCGCUGCUGCAAAACGGAGAAUGUCUGCCAUCGAUGGCACCCCCACCCGUCUCCAGCCCAAGCGCAAGGCGAAAGACAGACGGCGCGUCAGCUUCGCCCCCUCCCUGACCUCUGUCCAAUUCUUCAACAAGGAUGAGGACAACAGCGGCGAGCUCGCCCCCGGCCGGAGCAGGUUUGGGGUGCCAGACAUCCCGCAGGGUCCCUGGGAGGACCAGGAGCCCUCCGCCACGGUGACUGCGGAGGUCCCGCCCCCGAGCCCCAUGGACGUCAGCAUGGAGCUGACAGAGCCCUGGCAGAGGGAGACACAGCCCGCAGAUGAGGUGACGGCGAGCGUGCCCUCUCUGGGCGAUCUGCUCUCCUCCGAGCCGGAUGCCACGGAGAGCAUCACCGCCGCCGUCCCGGGCCUGUCCUCCCUCGUCAAUGAGUCCCGCGAGGAGGUCGCGCUGACCCAAGCCCCGGAAGCUGGGCCGGUGCCCGACGGCGCAGACAUGGAUGUCACGCUGCUCGACGGCCUGGCAGGCGGAUCCGGGGCCCAGGGCCAGGAAGAGGAGAGCGUGCAGCCCUCUCCCGGCCUGAGCGAGGAUGGGAACGAGCAGGGCCCCGCCCUGGCCUCCAAGUGGGGCUUCAACCCUGGGUGCGAGGACACCAUGGAUCUCAACCUGGAGCUGCAUGGGCGCAUGAUCAUGGGCGACCACACCUACGGCCGCCUCUACGGCGACGACGGCGGGGCAAGGCUCGGUGAGCAGGGCGGCCUCUCACCGGAGCGGAACACUGGACUGUCGGCCCCGGAUCGUGACCUCGAUGCCGGCGCCGGGCGGGCAGAGGAAAGUGAUCUGGACAGCAUCGAGCCUGCAUGCUCCCCGCCCCCGGAGCACCCUCGGUCCCUGGAGGUCUCCCCGACCGCCGAGGAGCGCAGGGCCCUUGAGCCCAUGCAGGACGACCAGGUGCCCGCCAGCGAGCCCGUGUGGACGGCCCCGGCCUUCCUGCCGCCCUACAUGAUGGCCUCCGGCUCCCAGGAAGGAGACCGUGCGCAGGCUCACCCGGCCCUGGUGACCAGCCCCGAGCUGACUGGGAGCACGCUGCAGUCACUGGACACGCGGCGCAGCUCCCUGGCGGGGCAGCGCCGCCUGAGCAUCACCUCGCGCAGGACCAGCGUGGGGCAGGGCGACAUGACCGGGGCGCUGCUGCUUGACGACGAGACCGCCAACGGCGGGCGGGACGACACGUCCCGUAGCCUGUCGCACGCUGCGCUGCGGCGACGCAGCGAUGCCUCCGCCCUGGCGCGAGAGAUGACUGAAGGUCUGCUGGCGGAUGACGCGCUUUCCAGCCCGGGGCCGGCGGCCGACCUGGCGGGGCUGAACGACCGCCUGGCCCGGCUGGCCCGCGCUCCCCGGGACGCGAGUGGCGUUGGAGCACCGGAGGCCGCGGUCGGGGGCUUCGCCUCCCCGCUGCCCGGUGUGCAGGGCGGCGACGACGACGCGCGGGGGCCGGUGUCCGACAGCCCGGGGGCGUCGGCCGGCCUGUCCCCGGGCGUCGCCACGGCCACGGCCGCGCUGCUCCAGGCGGGGGGGACCACGCGCCUGCUGCUGGGAGCGGCAACCCCGGGGAGGAGGCUCCCCGCCCCCGGCACCGGGACCGACGGCCUGGGCGCCACGGCGGCCCUGCUGCGGGACGACUCUGCUGCCUUGCUGCGGGACGACUCUGCUGCCCUGCUGGACGACCAGGAGCCCAGCCUGUCCGGCUUCGACCCCCCCCCACGACCUCCCCCCCGGCUCGGUCACGCGCCACUGGCAGGCCGCGCGCGGCCUGGAGGCCGCGAGGCGAGGCGCGGUGCCGGGCAGCGAGGCGCCCGAGGCUGCGGCCGGGGGGACUUUGCGCGGCUGACGGACCUGCGCUUCCUGGACAACCUGCGCCGCGGCACCAGCAUCAACUACGCGGACCUGGCGCCCAACGCGCCGCCCGCCGACCUGCGCGGCGCCUACCGCCUGCUGGGCGUGGUGGCCCCCGCCGCGGGCGAGCUGGCGCAGGGCGUGCGCACGCUGGCGGCGGAGGUGGCCGAGCGUCGCGACUCGGCCCUGGCCGCCGAGGUGGCGGCUGUGGCGGUGCUCAAGGACGUGCGCGUGCAGAUGGAGGAGUCGCAGUCGACGCGGCUGGCGCACGCGGCGAGCGCGCUGCGUGCCGACUGCGCGUUCGUGCACGCCGCGCUCGCCUUCCAGGUGGGCGGCGUGUACCUCCUGUCGUGCCCUACCGUCCCCGGCCCGCCCGGCGAUCUCGUCCUGGACUGGGCCUGA